UCUUCACGUGCUCUCUGUUCUUACCUUCUGCCACUUUCUCUGCAAAUCUUAUCCGUUUCCUUCUUUUUCUCGUUACGCACCAUACUUAUCAUCGAACUAGUAGUUUUGUUCGUUGGUUGACAGAGAAAGCUCUCUCUUUUAAAAACGCCCUCCUCUAAUAUUAUUAUACCCUCACAACCUUGCUUCUUCUCUUCCCAUGGAGAACAAGAACAGCUGCAAAAACCAUUUCGGAGGGUCCUCUUCAGCCACGAAUUUUGAUCAGCUUUUUGGUCCCAAGGACCCCUCAUCUUCCUUCUCAUCCUCCUCCAGCAUCUUCGGCUCCAUUUUUCCUCCUCCCUCAGCUGUAGGAGGGAGUGAAUCGAGAAAGCAAGAUGUGGGAGACAAAAAUUAUGGACCACAAGGUGGCAAAGGUGAAAGCAGGGGUAGCGUAUCUGGCAAGAAUUAUCAGAAUGAGAGUACAAUGGAGCCCAGCAACUACUACACCUCAUCCAUCUACUAUGGUGGUCAAGAAAAUUAUUUCCCAAAAUCCAGGACCACUGAUUCCCACCAUAAUGUUAAGAAAGAUUCGGAUAAUGAUGAUCCCAAUGGGGACAACCCAAAUAGCGCUUCAAGGGGAAAUUGGUGGCAAGGCUCCCUUUAUUAUUAGCUCAACCCUAUAUAUAUUUUAAAAAAACUCACCGUCCUGACCAGGAUAGGUUUGUGCAAAUAAAACAUAGUGCGGCAUGCUACAUAGAACUUUGACGACAGCAGGUAGUUUCGAAGGCGGGUCCCUAAUAGCCACUGUAGCGGGCAAUCAAAUGAUCGAUCCUGCGUACAGAAGUCAACAGACCUUGCACCAUUUUAAUAUUAGUAGUGUGGGUAUAACUAAUCUUAACGGCUUAACCUAUGGACUUAAAACAUUAUAUGUGUACUGUAUAUACUAUAUAGUCGUCUAGCCCUAAAGACAUGGAAAUUGUAGUAGCUCACUAUGCUAAUUUCAAGUUUCCCUGUUUCGUGUG